AGAACUCUUAACAGUCUUUACCAUGAACAGACAGCAUUAAAAGUCGGCACUGCAGCUUCUUAUGAAAGCCGAGCCGCUCCAACCGCGGUUAGCAGGACUUGUUUGUCUUGCUAACAGUGCACAGCCGGGUUCCAGAGCCCUCCCCCCAGGGAGCACCUCUGAUCCUCUGGCACCACAAAGGCCCUGUGCAACCCAGAUAAGAGGACUCUAUGAGGAAGCUACACCCACGAAGCGAUGCUAAGCCAGAACAGUGCUCUGGAUGUGGUUUUAGCCACAGUGGGACGGGGAAGAUCCAGGAACGAGUGAGCUCUGGAUGAUUCUACCUGGGGACUUUGGCCCACCUUGAGGAGAAAUCAGCUGCCCUGAAGAUGGGAGAAUGAAGACUCCUGAUGCCCAAGGCACUACCAUAAAGGGGCCGGGCCCUGCCUCUGAGAGAUUCAGAGCUGCAAACCUGCAUCUCUACAAGAAAUGGAAGGAGAAGGCGCUAAAGACACCAUGGACAAAAAGGAGCCUCCCUCACUACUUCAGAGGAAUGGAGAACUACAAUCAGGCAUUGUUGUACUCUACCCCACUCCUCAGGGAGGGGUGCAGCGUCAGGGUCAUUGCUCACGUCUAUAAGGAACUCAGAGUCAACCAUCACUCAGCUGAGCAUCUUCUCCUUCAGGAAGCCCCCCCCCAACCACUAGGCCCAGGCAGGGGGCACCCCGGUUGACCUUCAGACACACCACACAAAGCCAUAGGUUGCCUGUGGUACAGAGGUGCCCCUCCCGUAAAGUGAAGUUGGCCUGCAUUUCCAUGCCCAAGGCCCUGGGACCCUGGAAGCCUCCUGCCUCUGAGAUAGGCCCUCAGGGCUGCACUUAGGGGAUAAGCCAGGCUAUUUUCAUCAUUUCCUUCCUCUACUAAAGCAGCGGCCACCACUGCCAGUUCCCAUAGCUUACACACGCUACCACCACAGCCUUGACCAGGAUGCCACCAGCUCGUAGAAGGUGUGCCCCAACCAAGGCCUCACAGCUGGCCUGCCGGAUGACUACCUGGGGGCUCCUGUUUCUGCUCUGGCCCGUGGCCACAGCCACCCAGGCCUGCCCAACGCCCUGCACCUGCCAGCCCUUGGAAACCAUGGGGUUAAAGGUGAACUGCGAGGGGCGGGGCCUCACAGCCCUGCCUGUGCUGCCAGCUCACACUCGCCAACUCUUCCUGGCCAACAACAGCCUGCGUUCAGUGCCACCAGGUGCCUUCGACCACAUGCCACAGCUGUGGAACCUUGAUGUGACACACAACCCCUGGCACUGUGACUGCGGCCUCACCUACCUGCGCCUCUGGCUGGAGGACCACAUGCCAGAAGCCCUGCUGCACGUCUACUGUGCCAGCCCUGACUUGGCCACCAAGCGUCCACUGGGCCAGCUGACAGGCUAUGAGCUGGGCAGCUGUGGCUGGAAGUUGCCACCAUCCUGGGCCUAUUCGGGGAUCUGGUGGGAUGUAGCACUGGUAGCUGUGGCCAUACUGGGCCUGGUCCUACUAGCUGGCCUGCUGAACACAUUCACAGAGCCUCUGAACUGAGCCUAGCCCAUGACACCAGGCUGGCAGUCCAGACCUAAGCCGGGUGCCCAGAAGCACUGGCCCGAGUCGGUUCAUGCCAUUAAAAGCCCACACAGGAGAGCUGCUGAGAUUACUCAGUGGGAAAGACACUUGCUGCAAAGUCUGAAGACCUGAGUUCAAUCCCCAGGACCCAUAUCAUAGGAGAGACUCGAAUUUCACCUUCACACUCAUUCUGUUCAUGCACAGCAAAUAAAUAGAUGCAAUUUUUAAAAAUUAA